UCUUCCACCAACAAAGAGCCUUUGGCAAUUGGCACUCGUCCUGUGACGUCGGAGCCAGUGACAAUGCAGUUGGAGAAGAGACCAAGUGGAAAAAUGGUCCAGCAGUAUCAAUCACCUGUCAGGGUCUACAAGCACCCCUUCCCCCUGGUCAUGCUGGCAUACGAGAAGCGCUUUCCAACAUGUCCCCAAAUCCCGGUGUUCGUCGGUUGCGAGGUGACCCUGGACGAGGAAUCGCAGAACGGGGCAAUCCGCACAACAGAGCGUCGAUGUAAACUCAACGUCGAGGCCCCAUACAUCCUGAAGAAGAUAAUCGGUGUUGACUUUAUCUACUUCAUCCAGAAGAACAUCCUAGACCGAAGGAACUCAAUCCUAGAGAUCGAGGCAUGGAACGAGUCAUUCGCAGCAAGAGUUGCAGUUGUAGAAAAAUGCCGCUACUUCGUCCACCCUGAGAAUCCAGAAUGGACAUGCUUCGAGCAGACAGCAAGCCUCGACAUAAAGAAUUUUUUUGGCUUCGAGAAUGCCAUGGAGAAGCUAGCGAUGAAGCAGUACGCCCAGAACAUCGCCAAGGGUAAAGAGAUAAUCGAGUACUUCAUAAAUGAAUUGAAAAAAGAGGGUGUAACGUCGGUUGAUGCCUGGGUGGAGCCAGAGAAGGCGGUGAAGGGCCCUGAGAAGGGGCCAGACGACGAGGAGAUCAUCCUCGAGGAGAAAAUUGACACCGAUGCCAAAUUACCAAGCAGUAAAAUACAAUUGUCAUCUGAUUACAUCGAGAGAUACCUCGGAAAAUUGGAUCUCAUGCAGGAGAGUCGACUUGUUCAGCUCAGGAACAGCAUUCAGGAGCUCAGAGGUGCAUCUGUACCCAGUGAUGCAACACUGCUACGUUUUUUGAGGGCCAGAGAAUUUAUGGUUGAUAAAUCCAAGGAAAUGCUCACCCAGUCACUCCACUGGAGAAAGAAAUAUCAGAUUGAUCGACUCCUGGAGGAGUACGAGGCCCCCAAGGUCGUCAAGAAUUAUUUCCCUGGGGGCUGGCAUCACUGCGAUAAAGACGGCCGUCCCCUGUAUAUUCUUCGAUUAGGUCAAAUGGACGUCAAGGGCUUGCUCAAAUCGAUUGGAGAGGAUGAAUUAUUAUUACUGGCUUUACACAUUUGCGAGGAGGGGCUUUCGCUGAUGGAGGAAGCUACGACUGUCCUUGGACACCCAGUGUCACAGUGGUGUCUUCUCAUCGAUCUAGAGGGGCUCAAUAUGAGGCACUUGUGGAGACCUGGCAUCAAGGCACUUCUCAGGAUUAUCGAAAUCGUCGAGGCCAAUUACCCAGAGACGAUGGGUAGAGUUCUGAUUAUCAGAGCUCCUAGAUGUUUUCCCAUCCUCUGGACACUCAUCAGCACUUUUAUACAUGAAAAUACGAGGAAUAAAUUUAUUUUUUACUGUGGAACGGAUUAUCAGGAGCAGAACGACGGGGGCCUGACUGAUUACAUCGAUCCAGAGUAUAUCCCUGACUUCCUGGGGGGUCCAUCAGAGGAGAGUAUUUCUGUUGAACAACUGACAGUACCACCGAGAUAUUACAUUUACGAGUCACCAUGCAGCAGUACAUACGUCAACGAGGGAGGUGUUGUGCCAAAGAAUCUUUACCGUCUUGAGCUGGAGCCAUCGAAUGAGCAUGAGCACAGCCUCUAUCACUCGAUAAGUCUAUCCCACGGACAAGUCCACCAUGUAGCAAUCAAUACCAAUGAUCCAGGAGCUGUUCUCACCUGGGAUUUCGAUGUGAUGCGUCACAACGUCAUCUUCACGGUUCUCCAUGAGAAACCGGAGGCUGAUAUGUCACCUGGGGCUGCAUCUGGUGAACAAAACGAUCAGAUCGAUGGAAAUUUUAUGAAGGAGUGGCGGGAGGGAGUUGAUUGCAUCAAGGUGGAGUCCAGUGUUGUCUGUCAUGAUGGGGAGAGCAUCCAGGGUACUCACAUCAUUCAGGAACCCGGGACGUACAUACUCCAGUGGAAGAAUCCUGAUGAAGGGGAAUUUUUACCCUCCAUCAGUGCCCAUAAGGCACAGCUCAUGUAUUUUUAUGAGGUACUUCCCUCCGCUCAUUAUCGAGGAUCUAUGAUGAGUUUGCAGUCAGCUGUCAGUGGAAGAUCUGUUGCCAGCUCAUCCCUGUCCAGAUGAGAGGGAGGAAUUCACGAGGAGGUGGAGGACGCCGGCAUAUCCUCGGGGAAUUAAAUUUUUCCACCAGUUAUUUUCAUUCUUUCGGUUUAUUUUCGGUUUUUUUUUAUUAUUUGGAAUCACCAAUUAUCGGAAUUUAGAGAUGAAAAUUCGGGGACGUCCUCGCGAAUCGAUACGUAUCGCUGAUAUCAUGCAGGAAAUAUUCACGAGGCUAUUUGGACUCUAUAUCAUGGAGGAGAGACUAUUUUCGUACAACCGUUGGGCGAGGCGUGAAUAUUUGAGAGUGAUAAUGCUCCAUAAUUAAUGAAUAAUGUACAGGAUAUAUUUUGUGAUUGAGAUUAAUAUACGCGACUCUUCCAAUUGUGGGAAAUUGUAUAUAGGGGGUGGGGGGCGUUGAUUAUAGGUGAUAAUGAUUAGGUGGAGACAACGGAAACCUGACAACUUAGGCAACGACAAUAUUACAUUCGAAAUUAGGUCGUAAUUUUUCAAGGAUUAUUUUUACUGUUCGUUAAUGCAUUGAAACUCGAUCAAUUAAUUGUCAAAUUCGAAAAUAUUUAACUGUUUGUCAUUAGUCAAUACUAGAAUAACCAAAUGCGAGGAUAUUUUUGAAAAUAAUUAAAUCAGCGUAGGAAUUUAUCGUAUAGCGAUGUUUUUAGGGUACUGAGGGGUUUGAGAGUAGAAAUUUUCGUGAUUAAAUUGUAGAUCCAGGAGCGAAUUCGUAAGGUAUUGUCCAUGGUAAUUCGAUUAGGAAUUUUAUCCACUCGUUACUGUAUCUUGAUAGAUUACAAAAUUAGGGGAUUUUUAAUGUUUAUUCGAAUGUUUUUGUCGAUUUUAGUUUGUGACCCAGUGAAAAUUAUCUCGACGCAUUUUCUUUUUUAUUUGAAAAUUUUAACUGAUAUUUUCACUUCGGAGAAAUUUCAUUGCUGUAAUGACGAUAUUUUUUAGAGACUUCUAUAUUACAUGUUAAAUGAUUAAAGAGAAUUCUAAUGAACACAUGUGCUAACUCCAUUCAGACGUCAGGACAUUCCAAUUAAUUGUUUUGUCUGAAGAAUUUUAAUCAUGAAAUUAGAGAUAAUAAAAUAUAGAUGAUGUUGAAAAA